GUCCGGCGCAUGUUUUGUAUCCUUUCCUCUCAAAGCUUCUGACAACUGCCCAAAACACCGGCGUGUCACUGAAAUGGUUUGCGGCCUCCUUGCAGCCACACAUUGAUUGCGCGACCCAGGGAUGUCUCGUCCCGCUCCGUUCCCCAUCUACACCCUGAGGGGAGCUGGUGGGGCCCUCAACACCCUCCAUUUUAGCUGCAAUAGAGGGGACACUCCCAUCCUGUUUUCUGGGUCAGGAAAGGGUGCCAUCCAUAUGUGGAACCUGAACACCAGGAGAGCUGAGAAGGUUGUACAAGGUCAUUCUGGUAACUCGGUCAUCUGGGUCAGCACACUGCGGACGACGGAUACCCUCAUCAGUCAGGGACGGGACAUGCGGGUCUGUCUGUGGGAUCUGUGCGAAGGUCGUCGUGAGGUGAUGGACUCUGUGUGGACCGGCAGUGUUGGAUUCUGUCAGUGCACCGUGCUGGAGACGAGCCCUGGGACGCACCUGCUGGCCUUCGCUGGACCACAGACAGAAGAGAUCAAGAUUAUUGAGCUACCCAGCAAGACCCCCGUCUGCACCCUGGUACCAGACGCUAAGCUGGGGAUGGUCAUGUGUAUCAAAUUGUGGCAGCCAGACUCGGGUCACGGACCACUCCUGCUGGCUGGAUACGAGGACGGUUCCCUGUUGCUGUGGGACGUAACCCAGAGGUCCGUGCUGAGCCAGGCCAAAGCCCACCCCGAGCCCGUCAUGUGCCUGACCUUUGACAUCAAGUGUCUGAGGGGCGUGUCUGGCUCCUCUGAGAACAAACUCUCCACCUGGAAGCUGGACAGACAGAACAACCUGCAGCUCCAGGACUGCGUGCCGCUGGUCAACCCCGGGGUUUCCCACCUGUGCAUCAGGGGGGACGGUAAGCUUCUGUCGUCAGCGGGCUGGGACCAUCGGGUGCGGAUAUUCGGGUGGAAGAAGCUGCGGCCGCUGGCGGUGCUUCAAUACCACACGGACAUGGUGCUCAGCGUGGCCUUCUCUGACCACCAGGACCCCAGACAAAGACUGCUGGCUGCUGGAUCCAAGGACCAUCGGAUCAGCCUGUGGUCAAUAUACAACGAGGGAGCGGACACCGGCUGAGCACAUGAGCUCUGGGAGGACGCCCGGACGUUUAGUUAAUACUUCAGGAACAGUCCAGUUCAAUGGUUUGAUAACUGGACAAAUGGAAUGUUAAUAUAUUUCGCUGCUUUCCUCUCGAUGUUGCCAAGCAUGUGGAAGCAAUGGUCAUAAUUAACAGUGGCUAAUGUGUUGUUUUGUCCUCAAUCAUAUCAAAACAUGGGGCUGGCUUCCCCUUUCUGAUCACAAGGGAACUACACAUGAACUCUAUCAACUCUGCAGUGCCACCUACACUGGCCCUGCAGGGUUGAUUCUAUUUAUAGUCUCAUGGUGAAUAACAGUCAUGAUAAAAAAAGAAACUUGUUUAACAUUCCAGAGGGUGGUGUCUGACAUGUGUCCUUAUCGGUAUGAUUUGAAGCUCAUCUCUCAAAACAAGCAGUCGGUUUUUUUUAAUUAGCUAAUUUGACUUAAUACGGUUAUCACUGCAUCCUGCUGCAGGAUUCAAGACAAAAGAAACGAGUCGGACGCACCUUUCAGCACGCCUAUUAAUUAUCAACUGUUACUGAUUUUAUCUAGUCCUAUAUUAACUAUAAUUACCUUCGUCAUUUCAGGAGUGGCUUAUGUUUCCAGGCUCAUCGUACAAUUAUUUUCGUAGCAAUUAUAAAUGCCAUUUCUCAAUUAAUGUGGACGGUUAACAGAAGUAUUGAGGUCAAUAUUUGUAACAUAAGAACUGCAAAAUACAAAACUCCUGGUUUGUUA